CAGUUCAAAUAUCCAGGGAAGAACAAACUGAAAAACGCCCUCAUUCAGGCUUUGUUCGACCACCUCUGUCAAAAAACUAUGUAUCCCUCUCACACUCAAUAUGUUCUAACACUGAGAUCAACAUUGAUUCGCUUCCCUUUUCUCAGGGAGAAAUAUGGCUCUGGAUAUGAUGCCUUGCUCGAAUCACUUCGAAACAAAUUUAAGAAAGAAAGAAGACCACUAAUCAACUCUGAAGAAGUUUCCAAAAUGAAAGAGAAGUACUCGGCACGCCAUUCAGGACGAAAGCGGGGAGGUGAGACUGAGGAGGUUUGCCUGCAGAAGAGGAGCUGUGAACAGGUUUCCUUGGAUUCUGCAGAAGACUUGAGAUCCAUCCUGCAGCACAUUGAGGUUUUGCAGCAGGAGCAUCAUAAGGCGAGGCCAAGUUUUGACAUAAUUCUACAGAGACUCGACAGAACCAAGACCUAUCGCCAGCACUACAUUCAAAACCACACCACUGCAGAAGUCCUUAAAGAGUUUCCCUGUCUCAUGAGACCAAAUCUUCUCCUUGGAGAGAUGAAAAGAAUCCACCAGAUUGACGCUGAUAAAGCCAUCCUAGUCAAAAUGGGAGAAUUUGCGCCGAAGUUGUUAGAAAAGGCCCCUAAAGGUGCUUUAAAAGACACCUGCCUUCAGACACUGCAAUCAUGUGAAGAUGAGCAGGAAAGAAAAGGAACCCAUUUCUCCCACUCCCACCAUUGUGAUGACUGGCACCAACCCCCUGACCAGCACAGACAUAACAGUGAAGAUGGAUGGCUCUGAGAUGAUUUUAGAUGAUGGUAGCAUUGAUGUCAGUUUGGCCUUGGCCAUUUCUUUUACUAUUUUCCAUGUCUACC